UUUCACACUCUUCCAUCAUUACAUGUUCGUACACUCAUUCUACUCUCACCCUCCAUUUAAACACCCCUAAACAAGUGAUCAACACCUCCCUCAAGGAACUAACUAUCAACUAUACAUACAUAUACGUAAAAUAUGUAUAGGUGUGGUGGCUCUAAUAAUGCAAUGGUGUUCUCCAUGCCUUAUGAUGGAGAAUCACCGGUUGACUGUACGCUUUCUUUGGGUACACCGGCUACUCGUUUGACUGGAGAUUAUGAUAGGGUUAACCAUGAAAGAAGGUCUACUGCUAACUGGUCGUCUAACUUUUGCUGGGAUAUUUUGCAACCGUCACCCUCUCAGAAGGCUGUCCAUGGUGGUGGUAAUGGCGGAACCGCGGUUGCGGAACCUUUACUGGCUAGGCGGUGUGCUAACUGUGACACCACUUCUACUCCUCUUUGGAGAAACGGUCCUCGUGGACCCAAGUCGCUAUGUAACGCUUGUGGAAUCCGGUUCAAGAAAGAAGAGAGACGAGCCAACGCGGCAGCAACCGCAACUACAAACGUGGGCGAUACGACGGAGACACAACACUACCAACAAAUGAUGAACAUGAAUGCAAACCCAUGGGUUCACCACACACAAGCCACACACAAACUCCCAUCAUGUUACUCACCAGCAGCAUCAAAAGUGAACGAGUUCAGGUUCAUUGAUGACGUGGACGACAGAGAUUCGCCGUUCUUGUCGUGGCGUCUCAACGUCACCGACGGUCCAGGGCUUGUCCACGGGUUUACGAGGUGAAAGUGGGCCCACUCGGAGGUUGUUACAAGAGACGUGGAGUAAAAAAAAAGUAUUUAAUUAAUUUUAUAUUUCCAGAGCAAAAAAGUUUAUUCCAAAGAGCAUCACUUUUGUAAUCACUUGUACUUCGUGUAUUGGUGUUUGUCGAUUUCUGCUUUGGGAAAGACUCGCUUUUAUUAAUUUUCUUAGUUUUUAAUAAUUAUUAACAGUAUCUUUUUGUCC